UCCUUGUGAUUGAGGCAGUGCAGCGUAGAUUCACCAGAUUGAUCCCUGGGAUGGCGGGACUGUCAUAUGAGGAAAGAUUGAAAAGACUAGGCUUGUAUUCACUAGAGUUUAGAAGGAUGAGGGGAGAUCUUAUAGAAACAUAUAAAAUUAUAAAAGGACUGGACAAGCUAGAUGCAGGAAAAAUGUUCCCAAUGUUGGGCGAGUCCAGAACCAGGGGCCACAGUCUUAGAAUAAAGGGGAGGCCAUUUUAGACUGAGGUGAGAAAAAACUUUUCACCCAAAAAGUUGUGAAUUUAUGGAAUUCCCCGCCACAGAGGGCAGUGGAGGCCAAGUCACUGGAUGGAUUUAAGAGAGAGUUAGAUAGAGCUCUAGUGGAGUCGAGGGAUAUGGGGAGAAGGCAGGCAUGGGUUAUUGAUAGGGGACGAUCAGCCAUGAUCACAAUGAAUGGCGGUGCUGGCUCGAAGGGCUGAAUGGCCGCCUCCUGCACCUAUUUUCUAUGUUUCUAUGUUGGUUAAACAGUCACGACCAGUGUGAAACCGCAGUGCAAUGAAUACAUUAUUCAAUGUUUGGUGCAGCAUUAAUUCGUGGGCAGUUAACCAAUAAUAACUAACCAUAAGCACUGAGAAAUUAGGUCAUGGAUAAUUAAAGACAGUUAAUUUGUGGGUGAACCUCACAUUAACAGUCGUUAAUUAGGGUAGAAUCUCACAGUGAGUUAACUAAUAGGUAGUUAUUCAAUUGGGGUCAUUUAUAAUUUUACCGUAGCCAAUUAACCCACAAACCUGUACGUUAUUGGAAUGUUGGAGGAAACUGGAGCACCCGGAGAAAACCCACGUGGGUCACGGCCAGAUCUGGAUGUAGUACAUCUGGCUGGAAAACCCCAUGUGAUGGAGGCUUGGUGCUGCCCCCGGGCACUACUGAUGGCGCUGAUCCUAAGCUGUGUGCUGCCCCCGGGCACCGGGCCUGCUCCAACAUCAGCCAGACACAUCCGCAGGUGUGUGAGCGUGGAGCGGGGGCUGAUGGAGCGUGUUGCCCCCAGUGUCAUGCCCGGCCCUAGUUGCCCCUCGCUGGGUGCGGGGGUGAGCAGCGGGCAGGCGGUGCGGAGGAGCACGGUGGUGGCGGAUGACGUGGCCUUCCGAGAGAGGAACAAGUUCCUGGCGGCCGUGCAGCGGCAACAGUGGCUGAAGACCAUGAUGAGGCGUCUGGUCAUUGGUCAGUAGGUCUGGAGCAGCUGAUUGGUCGAAAGCACCCAACUGGAUCCCAGCAGUGGCAGCUGAUUUGUCAAUCUUCUCAAACAGAUCACAGCUGGGCUGCUGAAUGGUCAAUAGCCCCUGAAUGGAUCCCAGCUGGGCUGCUGUUGGUCAGUAGCCUCGAGUGGAUCCUGAUUCGCUGCUGUAACCAAUAAAUGUCUGUGCAAUA